AUGUCAGUCCUCACUUCUCCCAGAGGGAAGGUGGAAGUGGUUCAUUGCCGAAGAACAGAAUCCCAAGAUAUCUUUUGUAUCAAAAACCUCAUUAGAAAAUUCACUCAGAAGCUCUUUGGGAGGAUAAAUAUCAUCUAUCUUCUAGAAAAGGCAAACCUUGCUGUUACCCUCUGUAAUGACAAGGAGGAGAUCAUGGCCCAUGGCAUCUUUUUGGACUACCCCAACUGGAAUGUUGCCAAGCAGGACAACUGGGUGUCAGUGUUUGAGGAGCUUGACAAUGAAAUCCCGUGCACACCUCUGAAUACACUGUUUAUGCACUUCUUCGUGGCUGUGGACGAGUAUUCCACUGGCUGCCUCAAAGAGAUCAUUCGGACUGUGUUCAAGGCAGUGCCAGACCUAUACUUCAUAUUCCUUAUAGUGCCAACAUACGUGAGCCUAGGUUCAACUCUGAUAACUGUGUUUGACCUAGUGGGGAACAUUCCAUGUUUGACCUAUGAUGAAGAUUUUGCAGUGCAUAUAUGUCACAGGCAUGACCACUACCCUCAGCUGCAUAUUCGCAAAGCCAGGGUGGAAGACCAUGACGAUCUCAUGCCAAUAUUUAUGCACCAUGACAACACUCUGAGAGAAAUUUACGGCGAAUACUUCCUGGCUGAACUAAUAGAGGCCCAAGACGAAGAGAAUCAUGCUGUGGUGUGUGAGGUGGAAGGCAAGGCCGUCGGGUUCAUGAGUGUGUGCUCCAGCGUGAACUUGCCCCUGCUGCACGAGUGCUUCGACCUGGGCCCUUUCCAUGGGUUCUGUGUCCCACAUCCUGACGAUCUUCUGGAACCAUCCAGAGAGUCAAGUUUCAAAGAAAGCCAAGAUACAGAAACCAAGAGUGAAAGCCAGGGUUCUCAGAAAGCAGCUGAGGAACCAGGGGGAAAUGCUUCUUCAGAGGCCUUGGAGACCCAGGUAAGGGACAUGACCUCCCCGGGCCUGAGGGAUGGGGAUGGACCUGGUUACUGUGACAUUGAAUCAGUUAGGGUCACCACUGAAUCCUAUCAUCUGCUGCAGAAAGGCCCCGCUCACACUCAGGUGGUGAGAUCGCCUCAAAACACCGUGCCAGUUCUCCACCCUCCACCUUCCCUCCUGCACAUUCCCGCACUAGAGAAGGCUAAGGCAGGUGAAGUUGCUCACCGGAAGCUAAUUAGGCAAUUCAAAGUUGCUGAAGAAGCACACAGGCUUCACACGCUCAAAUGCACCAGCAUGCUCCUUCCUGCCCUGAUUGGGCCUUGCUACACCACAGAGACACCUGUCGCUGUUUCCUGUCCACUUGUGUGGGUUCAGGAUGAGCUCUCCUUUACUCUUUUACCACCAGUGUGGCUAGAACAGAGCAAGUGGCCCAAGGUAAGGACGCACGUGCGUCUUGACUCCAUAAUGAGAUAUUCUAAUUCUCUAGAGGAAGAACCAUUCCAGGUCUUUCUAAUGAUUAAUGAUUCAAGAAUCAAAAGGGAUGUGGAACAGAAGUUAAGUAUGGUCUCCAACGUGGAUGAUGAGGAACUCACUUUGAACAGUGAGAGCUCCCUGCCAUCCUUCCUGUUCCCGGAGGAAUCCUCCCACUUCCGCCCUAUCUACCUGGGAGAAUGCUCUGCGUUUUGCAUUCAGCUCUUUUGUAUCGAUGAGAAAUACGAGGCAAGGUCCCUGGAUUUUAUGAGUUUUGUUUUCAGUCUUUUUCCUGAUAAGAACUUCUGCCUGAUAUCGGUGCCCCACCUCACCCCUGAGUUUGUCCUCAUCCAGAACUUUGUAAAGGUCGUCCCGUUCAACAAUUGCACCCUAGAGCAUGAUCUCUAUGUGUUCCAUCGAGCUGGAUUGCUCAGGUCCAUUAAGAUAAGAUUAGCCAGUUUUGUGGAUACUGUUGGUGUUGAAAAUCUUGUCAGCACGCUCGUGCUGAGUAGACAGAUACUGGAUGAUUUCACCCAGUACAAUGAGGCUUGCAGAGAUCCCGAUGGAACAGCUCUGCAGGUGUUUGUAGCUGAAGUUGCAGAUCAGAUAGUUGGCAUUGCCGUGAUCAGAAAAGAAAUGGAUAUAGAGUACAUACGAUCUCAUUAUAACAUCGAGGAUUUCAUCUACUUCAGCCACCACCAGCAAGAAGAACAUGGGCGCUUGAACCAUUUUGCCCUGAACCCUAUUUUCCGACACUACACCAAGUUUUUCCUGAAGGAGAUCCUUCGCUUAGGCUUUAAGUCGUGUCUCUACUACCCCAUAUACCCACAAUCCCGGGAGAAAAAGAUCCAGAACUCGUACGCCCACUCCCUGACAUCUGCCCUUCAUUACUUGGUUCCCGUGCGACCACGACGACAGAUUGUCUAUCCUCUGGAAAAGCUUGGCAUAAACGCUCCAUCAAAGGAGGUCUCCAAGGAUCAGCCGAGUUAUGCCUUAAACCACACAAACAGAAAAUUAACAUUAGAACCGAAAGUCACUGUCAAUGCCAGAAUCGUUGUGGUUGGCGCAUCCAGUGUUGGAAUUUCGUUCCUUGAGACACUGGUGUUUUGCUCUCACCUGAAGUUCAAUAAUCUCACCCUGAUCUCAACUCACGGACUCCCAGGGAAAAAACUUCUGGGCAGCGAACAAAGGAAGUUCCUAGCAAGCGACCACUGUUUUAAUGAUAAAGAUUAUGCGCUGAUGUCGCUGUGCUCCUGGGUUAACGUUGUGGUGGGGAGAAUGACAGGCAUAGACCGAGCAGCCAAGCACGUUGUGGUUUCCAAGAACGAGAUUGUGUUCUACGACCAUCUCAUUCUCUGUACCGGGCAGCAGUACCAGGUUCCAUGUCCCACAGGGGCUGAUAUCAACAAACAUCCGACGAGCAGAGAAGUUGUGGAGAACAGGGAGCUAAGGUACACUGGGAAAGUCCCGCACAACCUUUUCAUUCUCAAUGACGAGGAAGACUGUGUUAAGGCACUCAUUUGGAUGAGAAGCAACUCCAUCCUCACAGAAGGGAAGGUCAUUGUCUAUGGGAAUACAAUUGACGCUUACACAACAGUGGAGACACUCUUGCACACUGGCAUUAAGGGGAUGUGCAUCUACUUGGUACAUCCUCCAGCCGAUUCCAACAUAACCUGCUUCAACAACUAUGUGAUAGAGAGUGCCGUGCAAGAUGCACUCAGUGCCGCUGGGGUGACUGUCUAUAAGGACUCGCUGUUGGCUCAGUGGAACGAUGGCCAGGACCCAGAUCCCAUCCACAGUGCCAGCUUCACCACUUCCACCAAGCCUUUCCGACUGGAGUGCUCAGCAUUCUUCAGCUUCUACAAGAAGAAUGUGGAUUAUGAAACAUUUAAAGCCUUUAAUGACGCAUGCCUCGUCUAUGAUGGCCGACUUGUGAUUGACACCACAUUCCACACCAAUGACAUAGCCAUCAGAGCUGCUGGCUCCCUCACUAAAUUCUCAAACCGAUAUUAUUCAAACGAGUGGACCCACAGCAACUUCAGUUCCAAAGAAAUUGGCUUCCAGCUGGCAGCAGCUAUGCUCAGUCUCUUUGACCCAACCCUGGAGCCUAUAACUGAACCACCAGCUGACCUUGACCGCCUCAUCCCCAUGUACAAGGGAGCCAAGAUCCAAGGUGGCAUUCUUCCUGGGUCUUAUCAUUAUCUGCAUAUUGCCAAACCUACCAUACCAAGUCCCUUGGAUGUUCAAAGAUCACAGCCUGAUUUUGGUUCAGAAAUAAUUACCGGCAAGGCGAAUGAUGGGACAUAUUUCCGACUGUACAUGAGCAAGCAUAAGUUGGUGGAGGCCAUCACGUGCCUUUCAAAGGAGCCCUUCCCAGUCUCCAACUACAUCCGCUUGUUUGGUCAGCAUGAGCAAGUCCUCAACAACCUGUGCAUUCGUUUUGAUGACAAGCUAAUUCCAGAUCUCUACAGCUACUUCACGGAGCCGUGGUGCAUGGCCCUCUUCCACGAUCGUUUUAUUGAUCUCAAAAAAGAGUUGCGCCAAAUCUUAAACUCUAAGCAGGAAGCUGACAUGCCUUCCAUGGAGCAGUUGGCCUACAAGAUAGAGGAUGAGGAAAUAAACCUGAAUGAGAAGCCCCAGAAAUACCUCCAAAGGGUUUUCGAGGAUUCCAUCUACAAAAACCUACUGGAGAAGAGCAUCUUGGAUUACCUUCAUUACAACCAGUACCACCUGCCCAUGUACGCGUGGCCGGGCAUCAUUUAA